AUGUCGACGAAGCCAAACUCCCCUCCCGCCCUGACAUGGGCCCUUGAUGGACGCGAGGUUGACCUCCUUCACUAUGUCUUUGCCCGAUCGGAUCUCAAACAUAUUCGUGGCCACCCAGAAAAAGUCCUCGCCGCAAUUGAUGACUACCACCACAAGUUCUCCAAGCUCAUGAACGUCGGCCCGAUCAAAGGUGCUUUCAUCGCCGAUAUCAUUGCCGAGCGUAAACCAUCGGUCAUGAUUGAGCUCGGGGGCUACGUCGGCUACUCCGCCAUUCUAUUCGGUGAUGCGAUCCGCAAAAACGGAGGAAAACAAUAUUUGAGCAUCGAGAAAAAUCCCGAGAUGGCAGCCGUUGCGAACCAGCUGGUAGAUUUGGCCGGACUACGAGAUGUUGUCCGAAUUGUUGUUGGAGCCAGCAAUGAAGUGUUACAGGACUUGUUUCGCGAGAAGGAAGUUGAUCUUGUGGAAUUGAUUUUCAUGGAUCAUUGGCAAAAUCUGUAUUUGCCGGAUUUGUGGUUGCUGGAGAACUUGAAGGUUUUGGUUCCCGAGAAGUCGAUGGUAUUGGCGGACAAUGUGAUCAUGCCUGGAGCGCCGGAGUAUUUGGAAUGGGUUCAUUCGACCCCUGAGCAGAAGAAAGUGAUUGUUGCUAACUCGGAUGUUGGCUCAUUGACCCCGAACGCGGGUCUAGUGUAUGAGACAGUGGUCUCUGAGUUUGACACUGAUUUUGGACCGGACGGAGUUGCGGUUACUAAAAUCACCGGAACACAGGAGACUUAG